AUGGAAAUUCUCAAACCGAAAUCAUCCACCUCUAAGCUGCAGUCUGCAUCAGAUGGACCCCUCGUCUGGAUCGAUUGUGAAAUGACCGGUCUGGAUCCAGACAAAGAGGAAAUUAUUGAAAUCUUCUGCAUCAUCACCAGCGGCAACCUUGAAGUCGUUGAUCCCCAAGGCUGGGGAUGCGUGGUUCACCAGUCAGAGGAGCGAAUGGCGCAGAUGGAUGAGUGGUGCACUAGGACGCACAGAGACAGCGGCCUGACCGCGGCUGUUAUCAAGUCGACGACGACCCCGGAGCAGGCGGCGGAUGAGCUGCUGGCAUACAUCAAGCGAUUCAUCCCCGAACGGAAGAUUGCACUGCUAGCUGGUAACAGCGUACACGCGGAUCGGUCAUUUCUGAACAAGCCGCCUUACCGGAAGGUCGUCGACCAUCUUCAUCACCGUAUCCUGGAUGUCAGCACUAUUAAAGAAGCAGCAAGACGAUGGGGUCCGCCACAGAUUCUCGACAACGCCCCUAUCAAGCAAGGGCUGCAUCAGGCAAAAGAGGAUAUUCUAGAGAGCAUUGCUGAGGCCAAAUACUACAGGGAGGCGAUAUUUGGGUUGACAUGGAAACAAGGCGGCAGCAGUGCUCAGGAAACGCCGUUGACUGAGAGAGAUGAAGAAGAAGCUUGGGCAGAUAACUUGCUAUAG